GCUUGGGUGUGGUUAUUAGUGCCGUGGGACCGUCAGGUAGGAGCACAGGCUUUCAUGAGACUGCUGUAACUUUCGCUGAACGCAGGCGGUCCGGGUGUCACGUCUGAGCUGACCGGAGCGACAUGAAGAAGCGCAGCUUGUCCGGCAACGUCGGCGUCGGCGUGUUCCUGCUGGCGUUCCUGUGCGUGUGCGUCGCAUUUGGCACGCCCGCGUGGCUGGUGAGCGACCCGAGGAUCAUCGGGGCGCAGCUCGACCGACUCGGCCUCUGGCGACACUGCUUCAGGUCGCUGCCGAAUCCCCAGGAGUCCGACGCGCCCAAGCGCUUCUUCGUCGGCUGCAGAUGGGUCUACGAUCCGUUCACCGCGGGCUACUCCGAGAUCCGUGGAUUCCUGCUGCCUCCGUUCAUGAUAGCCACCCAAGUGUUCUUCACGCUGUGCUUCCUACUGGGCCUGAUAUCGUUCUGCCUGAUACUGCUCUUCACCCUGUGCUGCGACCCAGAGCGCAAGAGAUACAUCGAACUGAUAAGCACCAUCGGUUACUUGACGCUGGCGAGUGGUCUCAGCGGUGCAUUGGCGGUCAUCAUAUUCGCCUGCCUCGGGAACGCCGACGGCUGGAUGCCCGGACACGCGAAUAAUUAUCUGGGGUGGUCGUUCGCCCUGGGCGUCAUAGGCAGCGUGCUGACGCUGAUCGCGAGCGGUCUCUUCCUGGUGGAGGCAAACGUGCAACGAAAGAAACGCAAUUACCUGAAGGAAUCUCAAACUCGCUUUCAGCUCGAAUCUCGUGCCUGAACGAACGAGUCGCAUUUAGCGCGUUUAGCACUGACAAAUUCGUAGCAACAUUCCGUCCACAAGGUGCAACUCUCUUACUCUUAAUGUAUCUUUCCGCGAAACGUGUACAAAAGUUGAUCUGUAUUAAUUUAAGCCUAGGCUAAAAUACGUAAGUUUUUUGCUAUUUUUAUAUGGCGUUUUGUACCUCGUACGCUCUUCGUACACUCUUUGAGCAGUCGGAAAUUAUUUACCUGUACGAGAACUUGAGACGAUGAUAUUAUUAUACGUAAUAGCGUCAUUCACAAUUUACUCAUUCCCGAUGUAUUCAUUGACAGAAUGACGCGUAAUUCGCUCGAGCGACAAGAUUUCACAGAAACUGGAAACGAGCGCUCAGAAGCGAUCAUGGUUUCCCUGCUUCAGAGCGAAUUACGCCAUAAUCUGUACAUUGUAUCUAUAUAUAUAUAAAUACACAUAUGUUUACUGCUAA